CCGCGCUAACUUGGCGGGCGCGCCAUGCGGCGAAGCGACCCUGUAAACUCCACCAAAAAACUGCAAGAGCUUUUUGUCUCGCUUCAGCAUUCGAGUGUGUGUCGCUGUUGUCCAGCCCUGCGAAAACUCCAACCCUCUGCGCGCAUUUGCGGAGCGCGCACUAUAUACAGACAACAUGAUUUACGAUCUAAACCUGCAUUGGUCACCAACGACCACGGAUGACAAGCUUCUUCAGACUCUGACAGCGGCUGCGAGUCUCGGCUACGGAACUGUUGCCAUCAAUCACAUCCUCGAGCUUCCAUUUCCUGCCAACCCCAAGGCACCGUUUCCGACAUUCCCUGAAGCCGUUUCCAAGACGCUCCCUAAGAUCCUUCACCGCGCUACCCUCCCUCUCUCAGACCCUUCCGCCUCGAAUUACAGAAUCCCAUCUCUAAUGAACGCCUACGAUAUCCUUGCCAUCCGACCCUUGACGGAAAAGGCCUUCCAGAAUGCAUGCUUGACGAUGGAUGUGCCAAUUAUAUCUCUUGAUCUGACACAGCACUUCCCAUUCCACUUCCGACCGAAGCCAUGUAUGGCGGCAGUAUCUCGCGGUGUUCGCUUUGAGAUAUGCUACGCCCAGAUUCUAAACGCCGAUGCACGCGGACGAGCAAAUUUUAUAUCCAACAUUACAAACUUAUUUAGAGCGACACGUGGUCGAGGAAUGAUGAUUAGCAGUGAAGCGAAGACUGCACUGGGAUUGCGCGGACCAGCAGAUAUCGUCAACCUGUUUAAUGUCUGGGGCCUGGCCAACGACAAGGGCAUGGAAGCGUUACGCGCGGUUCCCCGAAGCGUUGUGGUGAACGAGGGAAUUAAACGCAAUGGGUUUAGAGGUAUUGUGAACGUUGUCCAAGUUACAUCAAAUCCGCCCCCAGAGUUGAAGAAGUCUACGGAUGGAGAGGCUCAAAAGGAGAAGAAGGGCAUCAAGCGCAAACAAAAUCGACAGAACGGGCCUUUAACAGUUAAUCAGUCAAAGAAGCCCAAGAGGGACGAUCCAUAAGUGUGUCUGUCAAAGCUUUUAAUUACGAUUUUAUGGUCAUCUCAUCACGACGUACACAGGUGUUUGGCGAA